AUGUCUCUCACGCUCAAGGUCACAUCACUGUUCGUCAGAACGCUUGCGAAGCCUGUAGCAAAUGCCAUCAAACGCAAUGCCCACGAACACGACCGCUUUCGCCGGAUAUGCGUCAAAUUUGCCCAAGGUUUGCAUCGCGUCGAUAUGCGCAUGCGCCUCGGCCUCCUCCAGGACCCGGCUGUUAUCGACAGACAGAUUAAGAAGGAAGUCCAAUUAGCAGAGGCUGCGCGGAAAAAAGCAGCCGCCCCAACGGUUCUUACUGAAGAGGAGAUGAAGGCGGAGGAGGCGCUCACGGAGAAGGAACGAGAAGCUAUCAAGAAGAAGACUGAAGAGAGAAUCAAGCCCCGUAUCCGACCUCUAUCCGAACAAAAAGCCAUCGAGAUGGGCGCCAACUUCGCUGCCGAGACGUUCAUAUUUGCUGUUGGAAUCGCUGUAAUUCUCGUUGAGCAAUGGCGACAAAGAAGGAAGGCACGCAAUGCCAGAGACGACAUAAGAGAAGAUUUGGAGGAGGUGCAGGCUGAGCUCAAGGCAGUCAAGGCGGAAUUUGAGGAGUUCAAGGCGAAGCACCCGGAGCCUGCUUCCUCAAAGAUACUAGGGUUCUUCACGGGCAGUGGAAAGAAGGAAGACAAAAAGCCUGAAGCCGUGAGCGCCGAAGCGAAGCCAGUAUCUGUCGAGGCUCAUCCCAAUGCUGCCCAAGCGACGAAUGCGACUUCUGCAGCGCGCGAGCAGUCGCCAGCCGAUAAGCCCUCGCAACAUAAGGACCUAGGAAUGUACACUCGGGAAGCAUAG